CUUCUACCAGGCAUAUCUGCUUCACGUGAAUCUCACUACAACUGUACUGGAUCGCCAGGAUUGUCUGCCGCUUAGACACUUGUUACUUCUUCGCGACGAUAUCUCGGGACGAAUUCUAGCCCAUAUGGUCGACAUCCUUUGCGCUCAUAGGUUAUCGACUGCUCGCUAGGGAGAGGUUGUCGCAUUUAUGCAAGCAACGUCUCUGACGGUUCAGGAUUUGAAGUCAGGGGUCACUCUCUCACGUAGGAAUUUCAUCCGUACCUACACGAAUCCCACAUAGAUUUAUACGUAAAUCCGUACACAACGUUUCGCCAUUAGCCUGGAUUCUCGUUGCAGCCAAGAUGGUGCUCAUAGCCGCGGUUCGUGAUUAUGUAAACAAGAUGCUUAACGACGUCAGCGGCCCGAAAGUUCUGAUUCUCGACGCGGAAACGCUGCCAAUCGUGAGCCUCGUGCUGACGCAAUCCGAGGUUCUCCACCGAGACGUGGUGCUUGUAGAGAAGGUUGACUCUAAAGGGGGAGGGAGCGGCGGCAGCAGCAGCGGCGGCGGUAGGGGCGAGUCAGGGGGUAGCGGUGCAGAGCCUAUGCCACAUCUUAAAGCCGUUUGCUUUCUGAGGCCGACGGGAGAGAAUGUGAACCACUUAAAGCGGCACCUUAGGAAUCCCCGAUUCGGGGAGUACCACCUGUUCUUUUCCAACAUCCUGAACAGCACGCUCAUCCACGUUCUGGCUGAUGCUGACGCCCAGGAAGCAGUGGUGCAAGUGCAGGAGUACUACGCGGAUUUCUAUGCGCUGGACGCCUUUCACUUCACCCUACACGUACCCCUCAACGUCUACUCCUACGUCUCCGCUACAGUCGACCUCAACAACACGCAGAGGGUGGCCGAGCGCUCAGUGGAUGCUCUCCUGGCGCUCUGCCUGAGCCUCAAGAAGCGCCCGACUAUUCGGUUUCAACGAGGGUCUGAGCUGGCGAGGAGGGUGGCGCAUGAAACAGGGCGCAUCAUGUACGAGGCAGAGAAGCCCCUGUUUGACUUCAGGCGCACGGACGCCCUGCCUCUGCUGCUGGUGGUGGACAGAAGGGACGACCCGGUUACCCCGUUACUCAUGCAAUGGACGUAUCAGGCCAUGGUGCACGAGUUGAUCGGCAUCAAGGACAACAAGGUGGACCUGAGCCACGUGCCAAACAUAAGCCCAGACCAGAGGGAGGUGGUGCUGGCAGCAGGGGAGGACGAGUUUUUCCGGCGCCACAUGAACGACAACUUUGGGGAUGUGGGCAAUGCGGUGGCCAAGCUGGUGAACGACCUGCAGAGCAAGGACAGGCGGAACAAGGGCAUCCAGACGCUAGACGACAUGGCGGCUGUGCUUGAAUCGUACCCCGAGUACCGCCGCCAGGCGGGCAACGUGGCAAAGCACGUGGCGAUUAUGACAGAGCUGCAGAGAGUGGUGGGAGGGAGGAAGCUGAUGGCGGUUUCUGAGGUGGAGCAGGAACUAGCGUGCACGUCGGGGCAGACUGCUGCUUUUGAGGCAGUAGCAGCCAAGCUCUCCUCUCAGGAUGUUGCUGACGUGGACAAGCUGCGGCUGGUGAUGCUGUACGCUCUGCGAUAUGAGCAGGACAGCCCGAGGCACCUGCAGGCGCUGAUAAACAAGUUCAAUGACGUGUGCCGCAACCCCAAGUACAAGGCAGGGCUCAUCUAUACUCUGCUGCGCCAGUUUGGGGUCAAGAGGAGGGUUGCGGACCUCUAUGGUAGCAGGGAUCUGCUUAAUAUGGUUGCCAGGAACGUGAAGCGAGGGCUCACGGGUGUGGAAAAUGUAUACACACAGCACCAGCCGCUCAUAGCUCAGAUCAUAGAUGCGGCCACUAAAGGAAGGCUCAGCGAAGCCGACUACCCCUUUAUCUCAGGCAACUUCCAGCAGUCAAGAACCCAGGAUCUGAUUGUGUUUGUGGUGGGCGGCACAACCUACGAGGAGGCACGCACAGUGGCACUGUUCAACGCGGCCAAUCCUAACAUCCGGGUCGUGCUGGGCGGCACAGCUCUCCUCAACUCAACCAGAUUCAUAGAGGAAGUCUCGGAGCUUAAUCAUCUGGAGGCGUCUGUAGGCUUGGACUAAUAAUGCAAGCUUCAAUAAAGGUGUACAUACGUACCAUACAACCCGGAUGCUGUUAUGGGAUGUUGUGUUGAACUACCUACAUGCUUUUGAAGUAUGCUCGACAGAGUUACCCGUCAGAGUAACGAAGCAAGGGCAUACAGGGUGUUACAGGGUUUGGUGUAGUACUCUCUAAGUGUCAAACAUGUGUAUUUGUCAUGUUUGUAUAGACUGUAUAGGGUAGCCUCUUAGAGGGUACAACACUAAGGUAUAUCUCUGUGUACUCUCACUCUACCAUCAUUCACUUCACUA